AUGGCAGCAAAACCUCUACUCAUAUCGGGUCUACGGAAGACAAUUGGUACGGGUCGAGACACGAGGGUUUGGAGUGAGCCUUGGGUUCCAGAUGAAAUGGCUCGACCACCUAGUCCUGCUGACCACAUUGUAUACAAACUACCCCAACUUCUUGUUCAGUCUUUUAUUAGGAAUGAUACCAAGGAAUGGGAUACACAGCUUUUACGGGAGUUCUUUCACCCGGAUGAUAUUCCUUUGAUACUUGGGCUAAAACCCUCUCGCUCUCAUUUUCCGGAUGGAUAUGUUUGGAAUCACACAAAAUCAGGAGUGUAUUCUGUUAAGACUGGUUAUGACCUUCUCCAAUCGAUCAAGUUGAAUCUUUCACAUGAAGACGUUAUAGAGCCAAGUAUCACAGGUCUACAGAGCCAUGUGUGGAAGCUAAAGGCCCCGAGCAAGAUGAAACAUUUUUUGUGGCAGGCUAUCACGGGAUGUGUGGCGACGGCGAGGAACGACAAACUCUUCAAUGGGAAAGACGUAUCCCCAAUCGACACUCUACGACACGCGACUCUUGAGGCAGAAUGUUGGAGAAAAGCCAACGAGCAGGAGGAAGCAAAUGAGGAUCAAGACGUUCCCCAUGCUUCGGAGAUUGAGACAGUGCCCCCUUGGAUGCCCCAAAUCCCUACCUGCCAAAUUGAUGCAUCAUAG